AUGUCCGCCCACGAAACCCCCGAGGAGCGCAUCAACGCCGCACGCGGCUACAAAGCAGCCCUCCACAACCCCCACGUCUCACCCGAAGCCAAAGAACACGCAAGGCAAAUGCUCCAAACCAUCGACGAAGACGAAGCGCGUCAGGAGAUGCACGACGAGGGCCCGCACCACGCCACUCAUCAUCGCCACCACGGCCAUGCAGGCAGUGCACAUGGCCAUGGCCAUGAACGCCCGACGUCUCCGCAGGAGAGGAUUAAUGCGGCGAGGGGGUAUAAAGCAGCUCUAAGCAACCCGCUCGUCUCGAUGGAGGCGAAAGAGCAUGCCCGUACGAUUCUCACGGAUCUGGAUGAGGAGGGGGCUAGGGAGGAGCUUUAUCGGGAGAAGCCGAAGAGCCCGACGAGAGUUGCGGGGGGGUUGAGAGGGGCUCAGCAUAAUCCUCUUGUGAGUGAGGAGAGUCGGCGUCGGGCUGCGGCGAAGCUGAAGGAUAUGCAUGAGGGACCCGCGGAGUAG